AUGCUUGUGUCACUUGACGAUUCUAAAAAAUCGGGCCAACUUUUGGGGUUACGUGAGCAGCAGCAGGCGACUCGUAGUACCAGCGGCUGUCGCGGCGGCGCGUUGGCGGACUCCCGCUGGCGGCGCUCCGCCAAUCUCCCGAGUCACGGAACCAGCGGGUUGCAGAACCGGAGGCACGAGGACAGCGAUGUGAUUGUAGGGGGGGUGACUAAUGCGCGCGAUGUGACCGCAGCAGAGUUAGGCGGAGCAUUGGCGACAAGAGAAGCGUGGGAGGAAUCGAGUAAAGAAGCGAUGACGCUGGGAGGGAUGCGCGUGGGAGGAUGGAGUGUGAAAGCAAAGACACCAAGGCGCCGCGAAAAAGGCGCGCUCCCGAAAGGCGCGCUCCCGAAAGGCGCGCUCCCGAAAGGCGCGCUCCCGAAAGGCGCGCUCCCGAAAGGCGCGCUCCCGAAAGGCGCGCUCCCGAAAGGCGCGCUCCCGAAAGGCGCGCUCCCGAAAGGCGCGCUCCCGAAAGGCGCGCUCCCGAAAGGCGCGCUCCCGAAAGGCGCGCUCCCGAAAGGCGCGCUCCCGAAAGGCGCGCUCCCGAAAGGCGCGCUCCCGAAAGGCGCGCUCCCGAAAGGCGCGCUCCCGAAAGGCGCGCUCCCGAAAGGCGCGCUCCCGAAAGGCGCGCUCCCGAAAGGCGCGCUCCCGAAAGGCGCGCUCCCGAAAGGCGCGCUCCCGAAAGGCGCGCUCCCGAAAGGCGCGCUCCCGAAAGGCGCGCUCCCGAAAGGCGCGCUCCCGAAAGGCGCGCUCCCGAAAGGCGCGCUCCCGAAAGGCGCGCUCCCGAAAGGCGCGCUCCCGAAAGGCGCGCUCCCGAAAGGCGCGCUCAGAUCGACCCACCAAAAUCACACAGCGAGUUACAUCGUGACACGUGGCUUCUCGCGCGUGUGCCUUCAGUUCCCCGACUCUCUCCUCCCGCACGCCGUCUCCGUCCAUGACGCGUUAAGAGCCGAAUGCGCCGCGCUCAUUGCCAGCCAGCAUCAUGGCGUCAAUAACGGGGAUAGUAAGAGCGAAACGCGACCAGAGUCUCCCCCUAACACCACCGCUGCGACUAAUAUCGAGGCACGUCAAGAUCAAGGUUCCCUGAGAGCGAGCGAUCCGCCUGGGGGCAAUCACACGGGGAGUAAACACCAUGGGUCUGGGUUUCCGGGUUUUACGGAGGAGGGUCAAGGAGGAGAGCAUUCAGAAAAGGCAGGUGAUUCGGCGGGACAUGCGGCGGAUCGUUCGCGCCGCGACCUGCCGCAUUUCUAUGUUUUGGCUGACGCGGCAACCGCCACGUGCAGCAGCUGCUGCGUGGACGAGGUGUCACCGUGCCACGUCAGCGCUGACUGUAUCAUACACUACGGCCACGCGUGCAUGUCGCGGCGCCCCGCGCGGUUCCCCGUGCGGUACGUGCUGCCACGUCAGCCCAUCGACGUGGCAGCGUGUGCUGCGGCAAUAAAAGCACACUUCAAGAGCAGCAGCUCCACCACCACCAAUAGCAACAUGACCGCCAAUUCUGGCGCCGAUUCUGGCGGAGAUUCCCGCACGCUCGCGGCCUCUCGCAUGGUGCUGGUGCUGUUCGCGCUCGAGUUCGCGCACGCUGCGGACGACUUUGCGCGCGCUCUUGGGGGAAGCGGCGGAGCGGAAGCGGCGGAGGCACUGAGGGAGGGGGCGGGGGAGGGGGAAGAAGUGCGGUACGUGGUGGCGCAGGUGCGCGAGAGGGAGGUGGAACCCGAGGAAGGGGGGAAGAGUGGCGGUGCUGACACUUGUGGCGCCGUGAGUGGCGGGUGCUGUAACGGCGGUGCCAGAGGGGGGACUGACAGAAGCGCGUGCUGUGGGGGAGCGAUGGAGAGGGGCACGUGUGGUGAAGAUAAUUCUUCCAAUGCUGCUGCUGAUGAUGGUGGCACUGCAGCUUCGGUCGCUGCCAGUAGUAUCCAUUUUUCUGCCGCCCAGUGUGAUGCCGCCCAGUGUGCCGUCCCUGGCACUCUUUUCGAACACGGCGGCCUGCGGUGGGUGCUGCCUCCCGGGUCGAGCAUGGCAGCAGAAACUGCCAAAAGCAGCAAUCCACACAAUAAAGAGGAAGCAGCACCAGCAACAACACCGCCAGCAGUCGGGCUCACAGCGGUGGUGUGGGUGGGCAGCAGCGAAUGCCCGUCUCUCAUCACUUUCGCUCUAGAGCACAACCAGACCCCCAUCCUCAGACUCGACCCCACCCACCUACCUCCUGCUGCCGCCGCUACUGCUGCUAAAGCUGCUGCUGCUGCUACCACUACCGACAGCAGCAGCACCAGCACGACCAGCAAGAGCCCUUCAACCUCCCCAACCCUUACUCCCACCACCACAGCCCCUCUCUUCCACCCUGUGGACCACUCCUGUCUCCUUCGCCGCCGCUACUUCCUUGUCGAGAAAACUAAAGACGCGUCUAUUAUUGGCAUCGUCGUCAUCUCGCAAUCCGCCGGCGCUGCUGCCGCUGCCACCCGCGCUACCCUUGCUAGGCUCCGAUCCGCAGCAGUGGCUGCAGGGAAGAAGGCGUACGUGAUUGCAAUCAGGCGCCGGAUCACGCCCGAGAAGCUCGCGAAUUUCCCCGAGUGUGAUGUGCUGGUGCUAGUGGCGUGUGCGGAGGGGGUGCUGCUGGAUGGUAUGAUGCAGGAGAGCAGCAGUAAGGCGUUUUACGCGCCGGUGGUGACGCCGUUUGAGGCGCUGAUGGCGCUGGAGGAAGGGCGGGAGUGGACGGGGGAGUAUCGGAUGCUGCUGGAUGGUGCUGGGUUGGGAGCGGUGAGGAAGGGAGAGGAAGGUGGGGAAGGUGGGGGGGAUGUGGCUCCUCGGUUCUCGUUUGUGAAAGGAUCACUGGUUUCCCCCGCCCCUCACAAAGUAUUAUUGUCAGCACCAUCAGCAGCACCAGCAGCAGCGGCGGCUGCGGCAGCAGCAGCAUCGGAUCAAUCUUUGGCCGUCCGGCAGGACAUGGCUCUUUCUGCUCUGCCUGUAUCGUCCGACUCCUUGGCCCUAGCUCAGGCGUCCGGCCAAUCAGGGUACGCCACGUCAGCAGCGGUGGAGGCGCAAUCGGGAUCGGAGUUCCUGGCUCUGCGGCGUGACUAUAAGGGGCUGGAGGUGCCCUGGUUUAUGGCUCCUGGUGGGGCACCUGGGGAAGGGGGAGGGGAUGCAAGAGGGAGAGGGGAUGAGAGUAAGGAAGGAGAUGAGGGCGGAAGAGAGGACCGGGGGGCAGUGGGUGCUUUCAUGCCGAAAGUGGCUCCUGCGAUUGAUGCAGUGAGGGUGGUGGAGGGAAGGGAGGGUCGUGCAGCAGGGUAUGUGGAUGAGCCGCUGCAGGGUUAG